AUGAAGUAUCUCGCCGCCUACCUGCUCCUCGCCCUUGCCGGCAACGAGGCCCCCUCCGCCGCCGACAUCAAGGCCGUCCUCUCCUCCGUCGGCAUCGACGUUGAGGGUGACCGUGUCGAGAAGGUCAUCUCCGAGCUCCAGGGCAAGGACCUCCAGGAGCUGAUCUCCGAGGGCUCUGCCAAGCUCGCUUCCGUCCCCUCCGGCGGUGCUGGUGCCGCUGCCCCUGCCGCUGCCGCUGCCGGUGGUGCUGCCGCUCCCGCUGAGGAGAAGGUUGAGGAGAAGGAGGAGGAGUCCGAUGAGGACAUGGGCUUCGGUCUCUUCGAUUAA